AGUUCCCCUCCAACAGCGGUAAUGAGAUUGAACCACAGGUCAGGAAGAGCCGUGCGGCCGUCAUUGCCUCCGAGCCGAUCCACGAGACCCUGGAGAUUACAGGCACCAGGGUCAAGAAAACUGUCAGCGAGACCAAUGUGAUCGUGAAAUCCAUCCAGAAGAACGACUUCCUGAGCCGCCUGGACGAUGAACAAACCGCCAUGAUGGUGGACCUCUUGGUGGUAUCUGACUACAAACCAGGCGAGGAAGUGAUAAAAGAGGGCUCUGAAGGAGACCGCAUGUACAUCGUGGCAGCUGGGGAGCUCCUUGUCACCCAGGCGGGCCAGGACCUCCGGACUCUAACCAGCGGUGAUGUGUUUGGGGAGCUCGCCAUCCUGUACAACUGCAAACGGACAGCAACGGUCAAAGCAAAGACAGUGGUGCGUCUAUGGUGCAUGGAGCGUCAGACCUACAGGACGAUCAUAACCAACAAGUCCAAGAAGAAACGUGAACAGCUCAUGGGCUUCCUGAAGACGUCUCGUACUCUGAAGGACCUGAAUGAUGUCCAGUUGUCCAAGAUCAUUGACUCAAUGGACGAGGUUUGUACUCAGGAUGUUAUUUUCUUGAUAAUGACCACAGUGAAUCAUGGGAAAUAUUACGCCAUGAAGCGCGUCAGCAAGAAGCACAUUGUUGCCAAGAGACAGGAGGAGCACAUGUUGUUUGAGAAGAAGAUCCUGAAAGCCAUCCAGUGUGACUUCAUCGUCAGGCUUCACGCAUCUUUCAAAAACACACGAUACAUCUACAUGGUGAUGGAGUUCUGUGGCGGAGGGGAGAUCUGGACCAAGCUCAAAGAAGUAGGGCGUUUCGACGAGCCUGUCACUGUGUUCUGCACUGCCUGCGUGGUGGAGGCCUAUGCCUACCUGCACAAGAAGAACAUCAUGUACAGAGACCUGAAGCCUGAGAACCUGAUGCUGGACAUUAAAGGCUACGUCAAACUAGUGGACUUUGGUUUUGCCAAGGAGUUGGUGCGUGGAGAGAAAACCUAUUCAUUUGUCGGCACUCCUGAGUACAUGGCUCCAGAGAUCAUCAAGAACCAGGGACAUGACUUUGCAGUCGACUUUUGGUCCCUUGGCAUCCUGAUCUUUGAGCUACUGGUGGGAAG